AUGUCGGCCAAGAGAAACAAUACUUGGUCAAAUAGAAGGGAUGACUGCAUAGCGAAAACACCUGGGAACCAUCACGUCAUCUCACCCACACAGAGAAAGUCCUGGCAGCCUGGGAGAAAAAACAAUCAAACCCCGACACCUGCAUUCACGCUGUGCCAAUACUCCAAGCUGGGCACUGGGACUACCUUAUCCAUUGCUACAAACCCAGAGACGAGCACCUUCCAUACCCACAACAACAACUCUUUGACCCUUACAAAAAUGUCUUCACACCCAUUGGCCUAG